GUGAAAUUGAGGAAUUGGAAUUUUUCAAUAAACUGCAUUUUGAAUCAAAAUAUUUGGGUUUUGAGGGACAUCAUUCCCUUUUGAUAGAAAUAAUCAAGAACAAAUUGUAAAUACUCGGAAAUCUGAAAUUCAACACAAGCAGUUGAGGAAACACUUGGUGUCUUCGAAAGACGAAUACUGCGAGCGAUUUAUGGUCCUGUGAAGGAAGGAGAAAAGUAUCGAAGUCGACAUAAAGCUGAGCUUAAUCAUUUAUUUUAAGAAGCUGUUAAAGUUCUCCGUGUAAAUCGCUUGAGAUGGGCUGGACAUGUGUUCGGACCACUAUAUGGAUGUCAAGAGAUUACGGGGAAGACCGAAGAUAUCGUGGAUUGGAUAUGUUAAAAAGGACGCUCGAGUCCUUAAUAUCCCGAACUGGCAGAAGGAUAGAGCUGUCUUCAGACGAUUUCUAAGCGCUUCAAUGGGCCCACGUGCGCCCAGCCAAGGAAAAAGAUGAAUUGUAAAAACUCCGAACUGUAUGAACUCCCAUCAGAAUGACUGUUUAAAAUAACCAGUAGAAUCUGAAAAAUGCUUUUCAAAAAUCAGCAAUGCGGACGGAAAUUUAAGGUAUUUUCCUAUAGUUUCAUCUUUUUCUGCAUGAAAUGUAGUUCAAGUACAAACUAUCUCCAAACUAAAGUAGAGCCCAGAUACUAUAUUUGUGUUUACCCAACUGUCUCUAAACUCCUUCAAAUACAUGAAAUAAAUUUCUCAUUUUAGUUUUCGACAGAAGUUAGACAAGCUAAUAAUGAGAAUUACUUGGUAUAAAAUUUCGAGAAACUUUUCUAAAUUUUACUGGAUUCUACUACUAGCUUGUUGCGUAUUUACAAUCUACAAAUACAAAAGGUCGUCUGCUGGAAGCCAAAAUCAUUUACAAAAUGCAUCAAACAUUCAAGCACACAAAAGUGGAAACGAUUUAGCAGAAGAUUCUUCUGAAUUUGAUGAAAUUCCAUUGGCAAAUAGAAUCAUAUAUCUCAACAAUAUUACAGUUGACGUGCUAAAGCCGAAAAAUAAGAGGAAUGUGUUUUUCGUAUUUGAUGCCAUCACAGAUAGUCGUAGACGAAAAAAAUUGAAUUUCAGAGAAAUUUGCUCAAUUGAAUCAGCUGUUUUGAAGCAUCCUGAUCACAUCAUAUUCAUAAUCUAUCUGACGUAUGACAGCAUCGUAGAGCUUCAAAUCACCAAAUCAUUUUAUGGACUUCCAUACAAAAAUAUUCGAUUUGGAAAGCUGAAUGUCAAUCAGUUCUUAGCUGAGACUCCAUGGAAAAAUGUUGAUGUUCAAAAUAUUUUUGGAACUUUCAAGGACAUCUCAAAACUUAUUCGGCUUCUUUUGUUGUGGAAAUAUGGAGGCAUAUACAUUGACAGCAAAAUGAUUGUUAAAGAAAGCCUCAAAAAUCUUAAGAUUUUUUUAUGUAACGAUGAUACAGGCUCAACAGCUUACAACGUAAUGGAGUUUGAAGAGAAAAAUAUUGUAGAAAUAUUCAUCAACAAUACUUUGAGGGACUUCACAACAGGCAACAAAGCGACUUCAUUGUUUACCGCAAAAAUUGUUGAAAAGUUAUGUGAAAAUUCAAAAAAAGAAUAUAACAGGAAAGCUUGCAAAGGAUUUAAAGUCAUGUCAAAGGAAUUCUGUUAUCCACUAUCCGAUGAUAUCAUUUGGCAGCUAUUUGAUGAAAAAUAUAAAGGGAACAUAAUGAUGUUAGUAAAAAAAUCUGCAAUUAUUAAUAUGUGGAAUGAAAAAUCAGAUACCACAAACGUUGACAAAACAAAGCAUACAGCUGCUGCAGAAAUAAUGAAAGAAUAUUGUCCACAAACAUUCGGUGUUGUAUGGAAAAAUGAAUUUUAAAAAUUAACCUUUAAGUUUGAAUUAUAAUUGCAAUAAAGUUGGA